UCUCUCCACGCGUUUGGUUUUCGAGAAAGUGCCACUGCUCGGGAAAGUUUUCACUCUUAUUUUCUGUUUUUCGAGAAAAAACCCUAACGCUUGUAAUGAUUCCUCAAAGGAAGCCCCACAGUUCCCCUAUCUCAUCGUCUUAGCGGCUAAGAUCCCCUCUUCCGGCGAUCAUCUGGUCGCCGAUCCAACCUGUGUCAUCACUUCUACAUAUCUCUCUCAUUUCAUCCAGUUCCAUUAUCUUUAGGGACAAUAAUUGACUACUCUUAUGAAGAUGGCUUUAUUGAAGAGUGAUAGCCUUUAUUAAAAUCCUUCAGCAGCAUUUUGGAGUUGAGCAUUAUUCAUCAAAACCUUAGAACUUGCGCACCUUAUAUCAGCAUAAUCUGAAAGCACCAUUGAAAAUAGUGAAGUAAAUGGACCACUAUGACUUGCAUGCACAAAGAAGGGAGAUGAAGCAUAAAGGAAGAAAUGUUGUUUGGUCUAUUGCUAUGGACAAGUGCCUUAUUGAAGCUCUUGCCAUUCAGGCUAGAAAUGGAAAUAAAAUAGACAAAUGUUUUAAUGAGAAUGCUUACACCGCUGCUUGUUUUGCUGUGAACUCUCGCUUUAAUUUGAACUUGAACAAUCAAAAAGUUAUUAAUCGUCUUAAGACCAUCAAGAAAAGGUACAAGGUGAUAAGGGAUAUGUUAAGUCAAGAUGGGUUCAGGUGGAAUCCCAUUACAAAGAUGAUUGAAUGUGACAGUGAAGAUAUUUGGAAGAGAUAUAUUGUGGCACAUCCUGAUGCAAAAGGCAUUCGAGGUAAGCAGAUUGAGAUGUAUGAUGAACUGAAAAUUGUUUGUGGAAAUUACCAAGCUCCUAGUCGCUGGGCUAAGAUGAAGGAUAGAGGUCAUGCAACAAAGAAUUUUGAAGCAGAUUCUCCUUCAUUCCUCUCACCUAGUUCAGAAGAUGUGAGUGAGACUGAUGGAACAGAAUCAUAUACUGGACCACCAGAUUGUGCACCAGAUGGUAGUCAGGACCCUCCUUUGAUCCAGCCUGUCAGACAACUUCCUAAAAGAGCCCGUGGAUCAGAAGCUCUUCAAGAUGCAAUGUUGGCAGUGGCAACAAGCAUUCAGCGUUUGGCUGAUGCAAUGGAGCAGAGCAAAACUGCGAUUGAUGCCUCAGAACUUUUACAGGCUGUGAUGGAGGUUGAUGGCUUAGAAGAGGCUAAACAAAUGUAUGCCUUUGAAUAUCUGAAUGCUGAUCCCAUUAAAGCCAGAGCCUUUAUGACAUAUAAUGCUCGAAUGAGGAAGAUUUAUUUGUUUCGACAGUUUUGGUGGUGGAAGUAACAUUUUCAUGUAUAGUUUGCAAAAUUGUGAAAUGAUUAUUUCAUGGGUGUUUGCACAUUAAACCUUGAUUGAUGUUUGGAGGUGAAUGUACAGAUACUAGAUGAUCUCAGGAUGAAAAUUUAGAGCUAGAAGCUGGUAUUGUAGAGACAUCAACCAGCCUCUUUACUUGCGACUUUUUGGAGUGAAGAUAGCACUUUGUGUAAGAUCACCCCUUCCUGCUUUAUCCUCUUGAAGAGGUCAGUUGUUGCUCUUUUUCUCUUAGUUUUGAAAAUGGCGGCUGAAAAUCUAAACUGCGGCCCGGUCAUGGAAUGAACGUUCUGAUUGGUUGCCAUCAAAUUUAUUAAGCUAAGAUCAAUUGCUAGUUCCUUUGCUA